AUGGUAAUAAUCCUGUUGUUGUUGCUUUUGAAGCGCUUUUUUAUGGCACCAGCAGUUUACAUCAUUACAGCUGAAAAAUUGCUGCAGAGCAAGACCACUGGGAACAACCAUAAGCGUUGUGCGAGUGAUGUUUCUCAUGAAACGCAAUCAGUUGAAACGAGUCAGGUGACUUGUAGAAAACGAGACGAAAUAAGACGAAACAGUCAAACGAGAAACGACGAGAAUAAAGAAGUGGAGAGGAUGAAUAAAAGAAAUGACUUUUGUGUUUGGUAA